AUGAGCACUGAAGGAAGCAUCUUGGGCCUGGAGAAAUCUGCCACGCAAGUAAAGAUGCGCUCGGCAUCACGCAGGCCAAAGAAGGUCAGCAAGAAACCCGCACUACCUGGGCACGUUGUACAAGCUAGGGAGUGCCAUAACAAUGUUGAGAAGCAGUACCGCACCCGCUUGAAGCAGAAGUUUGAGCGACUGUUGGCUGUGCUCCAAGCUUCAAAGACGAAGGACGAGUCCGGAGGCGAAGGAGACGCGGAAGCACCGGGCCAUGGUUACAGUCGAGGGGAGGUGUUGGAUUUCGCGAGGCAGCGCAUCCUCACCCUCGAGGAGGAGAACAGAUAUCUUUCUGAUCAGGUACAGAAUCUGAAAGGGGGUUUUACGAUUGUAUAA